CGCCGCCGCCGCUCUGCGCCCCCGGGCCGCCCGCCCUGUCUGCGGCCGCCAUGGGCUCCCUGCUCAGCAGGCGCAUCGCGGGCGUGGAGGACAUCGACAUCCAGGCCAAUUCGGCCUACCGCUACCCGCCCAAGUCCGGAAACUACUUUGCGAGUCACUUCUUUAUGGGAGGCGAGAAGUUUGACACCCCUCACCCCGAGGGUUACCUUUUUGGUGAGAACAUGGACUUAAACUUCCUCGGGAAUAGACCAGUUCAGUUUCCCUAUAUAACUCCAGCUCCACACGAGCCAGUGAAGACUCUGAGGAGUUUGGUGAACAUCCGUAAAGACUCUCUCCGACUUGUGAGGUAUAAAGAUGAUGUUGACAGCCCUACUGAGGAGAAUGGGAAGCAGAAGGUCCUGUACAGCCUGGAGUUCACCUUUGAUGCAGAUGCCCGUGUUGCCAUCACAAUCUACUGCCAGGCUACAGAGGAGUUUGUUGGUGGCAUGGCCGUAUACAGCACAAAGAAUCCCUCUCUGCAGUCCGAGACAGUUCAUUACAAGAGAGGGGUAAGCCAGCAAUUCUCCCUGCCUUCCUUCAAGAUUGAUUUCUCAGAGUGGAAGGAUGAUGAGCUGAACUUUGACUUGGACCGUGGUGUGUUCCCUGUGGUCAUCCGGGCAGUGGUGGAUGAAGGGGAUGUGGUGGUUGAGGUCACUGGUCAUGCUCAUGUUCUUCUGGCUGCAUUUGAAAAGCACGUUGAUGGCAGUUAUUCUGUGAAACCGCUUAAACAGAAGCAAAUUGUUGACCGGGUGAGCUACCUGCUUCAGGAGAUCUAUGGCAUCGAGAACAAAAACAACCAGGAGACCAAGCCUUCAGACGACGAGAACAGUGACAACAGCAACGAGUGUGUGGUUUGCCUGUCGGACCUGCGGGACACCCUGAUCCUGCCCUGCCGCCACCUCUGCCUCUGCAACUCCUGCGCCGACACCCUGCGCUACCAGGCCAACAACUGCCCCAUCUGCAGGCUCCCCUUCCGUGCCCUGCUGCAGAUCCGGGCGGUGAGGAAGAAGCCGGGGGCUCUGUCACCAGUGUCGUUCAGCCCUGUCCUGGCACAGAGUGUGGACCAUGAUGAGCACUCUCACCCCUUUAAGCCCCUUAAGGUGAGCUCUGUCUCCCUGCCCAGCAGGAAGCGUAGGAGGGAAGUAAGAACAAGCUCUGACAACAUCCCUCCAGGCUACGAGCCCAUCUCGCUGCUGGAAGCGCUGAACGGCCUCCGCUCGGUGUCCCCGUCCAUGCCCUCGGCCCCUCUGUACGAGGAGAUCAGCUACUCCGGGGUGGUGGACGGGCUGCCUCCCGCCAGCCGCCCGCUCGUGGGCAUGGACAGAGCCCUGGAGGGUGGCCACCAAAAGGGCAAGCGCAGCAAGUCUCCAGACAGCACACUACGGUCUCCCUCAUCCCCAAUCCAUGAGGAGGAUGAGGAGAAGCUCUCCGAGGACUCUGACUCACAGGCAGUGCUGAGUGGGGGUGAGCUGGUCCUGAGGGAGACCAGCUCUCCAGAGAGCGUGGCAGGGGAAGAGGUGGAGGAGGCCUCAUCGGUGCAGCAGGGUAGCCGCCCCCCCUCGGUGGAAGAUGUGCUGCAGGAUGGCGGCUGCGGCGAGAGCCGGAGCCUGACACGGUCCGAGAGUGACCCCCCGGUCGACGUCUUCCUGCCAGGUAAUGGCGGUGCCAUUGGGGCUGGAGCUGCCACCGUGGCUCCAGGGCUGGGGGUGUCUGUGGAGCUGUGUCCCUUGGAUGGCACUGGAAUGCUCCUGCCCAGUGCACGGGCUCCCACUUCCUCCCAGUGGGUAGAAUGAGUGGUGGGCAAGGGGGGCUCACAUAGAGGUAACUUGGCCCCCUUCUCUCUCCUCCUCCCUCAC